CCCGAUUCGGCCACCCGGCUUUGGUUCAAGAGGCAGCGCUUUUCAGUCGUCGCAAUAUUUCAUUUCAUCUGAUGUGGCCUUGUCAGCCAUCACGCUGAAACCAUGACUACCACCGCCAUACCCAACCUCCAGCCCCGCGCGUCUCAGGACUCGAUGCUGCCAGCAUAUCGUGCUGCUGACACAAACCCGCCAACGUACCGUGGUCCCGCGGACAUCUCGCCAGAGUCCUUGGCUGAGCUCAACGCAGCUCUCACCUCCAUCAAUCUCAAGGACAACCCAAAUCUGUCUGAGGAUCGUUGCUUGGCCCAUCUCAAGCUCCUCAGCGCUUUCCAGCAGCUCAAGGCUGACGUCGGAUACACCGACGGUCUCUGGCAGCUCUUUGAUGCAAGGGCACUGAAUUCUGAGACACAACCUGUGCACGUGAGCGAGAAGAAGGGCGAGAAGGGCGAGAAGGCCAAGGCUGCCGUCGACGACGAGACCAGUCCGCUCACCAAGAAGCUCGCCGAGAUUCGUGAGAAGAGAUGGAUCCUCUUCGUGGCUCGUGCUGUCGACAGGUACGAGGCUUGGUGGAAGACCUUCCAGGGCAAGCCGUUGGUUGAAGAGAUGAUGGAUAUCGAUGGUCCGCACUACAACAGCUUCCACACAGAUUCGGCUCCGAUGCAAUGGACCAAGUCAAUGCUUCCUCCCUUGGAUGUUCUUCUAGUGUGGCACUCACACAUGCUCAAUCCUCGCUGCUACCUCGAAGACUGUAUCAGAGCCGGAUUCGGUGGCCUUUGGGCAGCCGGCCUUCCCUGGGAGAUCAUCAACCCGUGCAUUGAUGACACCACAUUCAAAUACAGUGUCACAAGUGACGGCAAAGCCAACUGGACCAGUAGCACUGGCCGGUCGUGGGAUAAUGCUGAAGACUCGUUGGAGAAGACCAUCAAAUGCCCAAUAUGUUCAGCAACAAACACUGUUCCCUGGACUACUUGCGGCAUGCCAGAGAAUGAGAGUGCCGGCGCCAAGGAUGAUCUCGAGGGAAUGGGCUUCGGCGACGGGUCAUUCUUCUAUACUUGCGCAUCAUGUUCUCGUCCCAUCACCAACGAUCAUUUGGAGGUUGCUAGCUUUGUUGGGGACUUCCGUCGUCUGCUCAUGGACAACCAUCCCAUGCCCGGCACUAUUCUCAACUAUGAUUCGGGCCUACCUAAGUAUCUGUCAUACAGCUUGCAGGCUUACUGGGGCACGACAUUCCCGAACAGGUUGCUCAAGAACGCACUGAGAACUGAGAUCCUGGCACUUCUCGACGCCAACAACCCAGAAGCAGGUGCCUCAUCAAUCGAAACCGUGCGGCUGAUUCUGCAGAAAGCACUGACGAACGGUGAGGCGCUCAAGCUGGCUGGAGAACCUUCGUCACGGAAUGCUCGGCUGUCUCGGGAAUCCAAAGUCCACGUCCGCAAGAUGAUGGCGAGGUACUGGCGCAAUCAAUAUCCCUUCGCACUGGAUCUUGCAGGUGCUGUACACCGGCAGGGCUCUUUCGUGGAGAAAAUGUACCAGAUCGACUGGCUGCACAGCCCAUCGGCCCGGAAGACCAUGUCCCGACUUAUGGUCAAGUAUCAUCGUUUCAUGCGGCUGAUUGCUGAAAACUCACUGCAUGUUGUUGUGCCGACACUGGACGUUGAUCUUGCAUGGCACACGCAGCAGCUAAGUCCAAAGGAAUACAUGGCGUUCACGCUGGAAAAGACUGAGAAGUUCAUCGACCAUGAUGACAAGAUUGAGGAGCUGAAACUCCACGACGCCUUCUCCUGGACGUGCAAAGAAUACCAGAAGCUUUACAACGAGGUUUAUUCGGAAUGCACCUGCUGGUAUUGUGAAGCAAUCCGCACUUCUCAUACGUCGUCGGUGGGAAGACUCUUUGGCGCUUCCAGGAGUGAGAAAGUUGCGGACUCGUUCUACGAUUCUGGCCAGGCAAAGCUGUGCCCACCUGACAACAGUGCACACAUCUCGGCACACAACUCGGUUGUUAUUACCGAUGUCGAUGGCGUGAAAAACAUGGCCGAGGAGCGGGCCCGGAAGAAGGGCCGCAGGCUUGAUAAGAACGACAGUGAGGUCCACAACCACUGGGGAUAUGGUGCUGCGUAUGCUGUGCCCUUUGGCGCGCCAGUGGUGUUUGCUGGUGGUAUGUACUAUGGCGGUAGCCCGGGCGGUUGUCCCGGAGGUACGGGAGCCGCGGGAGGCUGUGUGGCCGGCACUUGCGCUGGUGCUGCAGCAGCUGGAGCGUGUGCCAUGGCGGCUGGUGGUUGUGGCGGCGGCGGCGGUACUUGCAGCGGCGGAGGAGCCUGUGGAGGAGGCGGAGGUGCUUGUGGUGGAGGGGGUUGCGGUGGAGGUGGUGGUGGUGGCUGCGGUGGUGGAGGCGGUGGCUCUUGAGAUGUCCUUCGUCUUGUGCUCAUUAUGCUUGCGUUUCAUAUUGUUAUCUUCCGCCUGUCACCUAUUUCAGAUGCUCAAUACCCUCGAAUGUUUGUUUGGUUCCAUUCAAAAACGUCCUCCAUCACUCUACUUCAAGAUUGAUCACUCGUUCGGAAGGCCGGGCAUGGCAGUCCUUGCAGUCAGUUGUACAGUCCGAUCAAAUAGUGACGUCUUCGGGAAAAAUGCCUCAGUGCAUGGCGGCGAACAGUCUCCUGAAUUUGAGCGGUCAUUCGUUUUCUCAGGUCGUACUUAACCAUAAUACAGCCAUGCUGGGCCUUGUGUAAGUCGAG